UGAGAAGAGCUUGAGAGACUUCAUCACUCGAAUCACCAUCUGGGGGGACACGGAGCGCCAAAAAAAAAAAAAAGAGAGAGGGCCCUCUGAUUACUGAUGCAACCAAUGUUUCUGGAAGGAGACACGAUCAGAUAGAGCCUGUGAAACCCGCGGGACGCCAAAGAAAGGUUAACCCUGGAGCCAGAGACAACGAGCCUUUUGCCACGCCGGUGGCAGCGGAUCCGGACUCGGAGGCUUAAUCUGACGUGGCGGGGUGGGACUUCCGGCAGGAGGCGGAAGCGGAGCGGGAGGCGCGGGCUGGCUGGUGCGGCUGACAGGUCUGUGGCCGCCGGGGCGCCGCGCGCAAGCAGGACCCGUGCUCCAUUGCCGCUUCUCCGAGCUCCCGCGACGCCGACCUCCGUGCUAGGAUGGCUCGGGGCGAGCGGCGGCGCCGCGGGGCGCCGGCGGACGGAGCGCGGACAACUGAAAGGGCGGCUCGGGGCGGCCCCGCACGACGGAGCGGCGAGGCCCGUGGCUCUGCCUGGAGAGCGGCUCUGGGCGUCGUGGUCCUGUCUCUGGCCCUGGGCCUGUCAGGGUGCUGGCUCCUGGCGUGGCACCGUGCGCGGCGGGCGGUCACACUGCACUCCGCGCCCCCGGCACUGCCUCCCGACUCUUCCAGCCCCGCCGUGGCCCCGGACCUCUUCUGGGGCACCUACCGCCCUCAUGUUUACUUCGGCAUGAAGACCCGCAGCCCGAAGCCCCUUCUCACCGGACUGAUGUGGGCGCAGCAGGGCGCCACCCCAGGGACCCCUAAGCUCAGGCACACGUGUGAGCAGGGGGACGGCGUGGGUCCCUAUGGCUGGGAGUUCCAUGACGGUCUCUCCUUCGGGCGGCAGCACAUCCAGGAUGGGGCCUUAAGGCUCACCACUGAGUUCGUCAAGAGGCCUGGGGGUCAGCACGGAGGGGACUGGAGCUGGAGAGUGACUGUAGAGCCUCAGACCUCAGGUACCUCUGCCCUACCUUUGGUGUCCCUGUUCUUCUAUGUGGUGACAGAUGGCAAGGAAGUCCUAGUGCCAGAGGUUGGGGCCAAGGGGCAGUUGAAAUUCAUCAGUGGGCACUCCAGUGAACUUGGUGACUUCCGCUUUACACUUAUGGCACCAACCAAUCCAGGGGACACUGCCCCCAAGUAUAGCAGCUACAAUGUCUUCUGGUCCUCCAACCCAGGACUUCCCUUGCUGACAGAGAUGGUGAAGAGUCGCCUAAAUAGCUGGUUUCAGCACCGGCCACCAGGGGCUUCCCCUGAACGCUACCUCGGCUUGCCAGGAUCUCUGAAGUGGGAGGACAAAGGCCCAAGUGGGCAAGGACAGGGACAAGGGCAAUUCUUGAUACAACAGGUGACACUGAAAGUCCCCUUUUCUGUGGAGUUGGUGUUUGAAUCAGGCAGUGCCCGGGGAGGAGGAAGCCAACCCCUGGAGCAGCUGGCAGGCAGCCUGCUGACCCAAGCCCUGGAGAGCCAUGCUGAAGCCUUUAGAGAGCACUUUGAGAAGACUUUUCAACUGAAGGAGAAGGGCCUGAGCCCUGAGGAGCAAGCUUUGGGUCAGGCUGCCCUCAGUGGCCUCCUUGGUGGGAUUGGCUACUUCUAUGGACAGGGCCUGGUGCUGGCAGACAUGGGGGUUGAGGGGUCUGAGCAGAAGGUGGACCCAGCCCUCUUUCCACCUGUCCCUCUUUUCACAGCGGUGCCCUCCCGGUCAUUCUUCCCACGAGGCUUCCUUUGGGAUGAGGGCUUCCACCAGCUGGUGGUCCAGCGGUGGGAUCCCCGCCUUACCCGGGAGGUCCUAGGUCACUGGCUGGGGCUGCUCAAUGCUGAUGGCUGGAUUGGACGGGAGCAGGUGCUGGGGGAUGAGGCCCGAGCCCGUGUGCCCCCAGAAUUCCUGGUGCAAAGGGCAGCCCAUGCCAACCCCCCAACCCUGCUUUUGCCAAUAGCCCACAUGCUAGAGGGUGGUGACCCUGCUGAUUUUGCCUUCCUCCGCAGGGCUUUCCCCCGUCUGCGUGCCUGGUUCUCCUGGCUCCAUAAGAGCCAGGCAGGGCCAGUGCCGCUAUCUUAUCGCUGGCGGGGCCGGGACCCUGCCUUGCCAACCCUGUUGAACCCUAAGACACUGCCUUCGGGGCUGGAUGACUAUCCCCGGGCUUCACACCCUUCAGCCAAUGAGCGGCACCUGGACCUUCGGUGCUGGGUGGCACUGGGUGCCCGUGUGCUGGUACGGCUGGCAGAGCAGCUGGGAGAGGCUGAGGCAGCUGCGGAGCUGGGCCCUCUGGCUGCAUCACUGGAGGCAGAAGAGAGCCUGGAUGAGCUGCACUGGGCCCCAGAGCUAGGAGUCUUUGCAGACUUUGGGAACCACACAAGAGCAGUGCAGCUGAAGCCUCGGCCCCCUCAGGGGCUGCUGCGGGUAGUGGGCCGGCCCCACCCUGGCUUACAGUAUGUGGAUGCCUUGGGCUAUGUCAGUCUUUUUCCCAUGCUGCUGCGGCUGCUGGACCCCAACUCCUCCCGCCUUGGGCCCCUGCUAGAUGUUCUAGCUGACAGCCGCCAUCUCUGGAGCCCCUUUGGUUUGCGCUCCCUUGCAGCCUCCAGCCCCUUUUAUGGCCAGCGCAAUUCAGAGCAUGAUCCUCCCUACUGGCGGGGUGCUGUGUGGCUCAAUGUCAACUACCUGGCCUUGGGGGCUCUCUACCACUAUGGACGUCUGGAUGGUCCCCACCAGGCCCGGGCUGCCAAGCUCCACGGUGAGCUCCGUGCCAAUGUGGUGGGCAAUGUGUGGCGGCAGUAUCAGGCUACAGGUUUCCUUUGGGAGCAGUACAGUGACCGGGAUGGGCGGGGCAUGGGCUGCCGCCCUUUCCAAGGCUGGACCAGUCUUGUCCUACUGGCCAUGGCUGAAGACUACUGAAGGGGGAGAAUGAGAGCGGUGCCAGGCCCCCACUCUGGAAUAGAAGGACCAGAUCUCUAGCUUCUGCCCCCAGCCCUCAGAUACUAGUGCUUCAAACCCUCCUCAGCUCAUCUCAGGUGUCUCCUUACUGUCACCCCACAUAGCCCUGGGGUGAAUGUGAAUUCAGAGUCUAUUUUUCUAAAUAAAUUGGGAAACCAU